CUCUCUCUCCCCAAUCAGCUUUAGCUUCGUUCCACGAUGCUUCCAAAGUUCAUGAGCCCUUUCAAGGUUGAAGAAGAACAACCAGAGAAGCUGAAGAAGAAGAAGAAGAAGAAGAAGCUCACUGAUCAGAAAAGGAAUUCCACUUCUUCUUCUGCUGAAGAUGGCGGAGGGAGAAGAAGAAGAACAGACGAGACCCACAUGGAUGUAAUUGGUCUAAGGCUCGUAACCCAAAUCACCAAUCCAAAGACUAAAUCCAACAAUGUUGUUGUCAAAUCUUCGCUCAGAAAAUCAAACCUCACCAUCGGUGCUACCACUUGCUUCCUCAAAACUUGUUCCCUCUGCAACAAGAUUCUCAGCCUCGACAAGGACAUUUACAUGUACAGAGGGGACCAAGGAUUCUGCAGCAUAGAGUGUAGGAACAGACAGAUAGUGAUGGACGAGAUGAAGGAAUUAGAAGAGUAUACGAAGCAGCAAAGAACAUCAUCGUCUCCAAGAAAUUGUUGGAACGAUGCUCGUCGUAUUCUCGAUGAUGCUCGCUUGCACAGACUUCAAUCUAAGCCUAUUCCCUCGUCUUGUGCUCAUCACCAAAACCACUGGGCCAUUGUUUCGUAGUUUAGAUUAAGAGGAUCAUCAUAGGCUUCAAAAUCUCUUAAUAUUUUCUGAAACUCAAGAGAAAAAAAAACAAAAGGAAGCCAGAAAAGAAAUAAGAUCUCUAGAUAUAUGUAAAUCUACUUUGUUUUAUAUAAUGAAACCGGUGGAUAAGUAGGGGACCUUGAUCGAUGAGAUGAAACCGAUUGUAACAUUUUGUCAAAUACAGGCUGCUCCACAAUGGAUAAGCAAGAUUUUUCAGACUCUUUA